GAAGGGAGGAGAGAGGAGGGAGGAGGGAGGAGGGAGGGAGGGGAGGGGGGGGGGGGUUCGAGAGAUUCGAGGGGACGCAGGGUGGGGUGGGGUGAUGGCGGUGAGGUCAAGGGCAGUGGAGCAGAUGGAGAAAGCGAUGGCGGCAUGGAGGGAGGGCCUCAGCAUGGCGGUGAGGUCAAGGGCAGUGGAGCAGAUGGAGAAAGCGAUGGCGGCAUGGAGGGAGGGCCUCAGCAUGUCAAGGGCAGUGGAGCAGAUGGAGAAAGCGAUGGCGGCAUGGAGGGAGGGCCUCAGCAUGUCAAGGGCAGUGGAGCAGAUGGAGAAAGCGAUGGCGGCAUGGAGGGAGGGCCUCAGCAUGGAGGUGGAGAGGGCAGGAGUGAGGGGAGGGGAGGAGAGGAGAGAUCUAGACCCGAGCUGAUUGAGAUAGAAGAGGAGGGAGAAGUGAAGCCUUGUGCUUCCAGUGCUUCGGAGCCUUGA